UUUAUGUUACAUUUCGUCGCCGAUCAUGUAUAAUGACCAAGGUAUUCGGUCUAAGCCGGUCAUAUUUCAAAAAAGGAUAUUGAAAACUGAAGGAAACAUUUGCACAAACCAUUUUUCCGAAUUUCAUAUCAUUCAAUACAUUCAAUGAAGUUCCUAAACGCUUGGAAUGAAAAGGCAUUUGAACUAAGUCAAUCGAUAGCGUCUCAAGCAUCAUAGACGUACAUGGGCUAAGAAGUCUAAUUUUAGAUAGAUCUACGACGAAUGAAGUAACCACUCAAAUUCCUUUAUUUAAAACCGCGUAUAGGAAAAUAAGACCCUGAGUUUUCGAACGAGUAAUUUUAAAUGUAGACUGAAAUUUAGCUGAGUCAAUAUUUGAAUUUCGAUAUUCGAGCUAGUUGGACAUUCAGUGAUAGCUUGAAAUUCGAUUGCAUUGAACACUUGAAAUUCGAUCAUCUAGUAGGACUGACGCAUAAUACUAGCAGCAAUAUAUAUCCGUGGAUUAGAACCAUGAGUAAUAAUCUGCCAUUUCCUUUAUCAAUUGAGAAAACGAGGGUUAAAGUUUUGAGGACUGUUUAAUAUCAAAUUAGCAUUUAUAUUGAUUGUAAUGGAAUUAUUAUAAUUAGAUAGUUUAUUAAGUUUAUUUGUUUAUUUCAGUUUCUUCCAUUUACAUGUUUACAGUAUAAAAACAUGACAUACAAACUGUAUACAUAAUAGAACACAAGUAAAUGUCUAUAAGUAAAAGACUAUAUAUAUAUAUAAUUUCUACAUAUCACAUAUUUCACAUUAUUCAAUAUAUGUUUCUAAUGAUAAUCUAAUGAGCAUGAGUGACAGCCAAUGCAAGUGGUCCAACAAGCGAUACGACCUAGAUCAUCCAGCAGAUCCAAGCCACCAGGAACAGAACCACAGCAUCCUCCCAUCCACCACACCGCAAUUGUUGUAGUUGAUGAAAGAACACUGCAGUCCCCUUACUGGCCAUACAGAGGCACCAGAGGACCAAAUCCACAUCACCCACCACACGGCAUUACUCUUAAGUUUAUCACCAUAUUUAUCAAUUUAAUCAAAUCUCAUAUAUUUCAGUUAAAAAGCAAGACAUGUCUGCUAAGCAUAACACAAAGAUGUUUCCUAAAAUUUAAUUAAAAAAAGGUUAUAAGACAGUGAACUAAAUGUGCGCUAGUAAAAAAAAUGGCUUACAUAAUCAAGUAUCCCGUCCAAUCAGAUUGGUAGAGAACAGAUUAGCAGAUAUCUCUUACUUAACAAUAAAAUAAUGUAAUUAUUUAAAAGAAACUGCGCGCAAUUGAGUAAAAUAUUUAUAGCUAAAUAAAGCGUAUCUAUACAGGUGCAUUACUGUAUUGAUACUAUAUAAACUAUUACUUCUUUUUUAAGUAUAGGACUGAUUAUACCAAACCGGAAGUGACUACAUAGUGUUACAUGUGAAGUAGUCCAAGAAAUAGUUCCAUGCUGUUGAUAAAAUAUAACAGAAACAAGUGAAAUAUGAUGUGACAGUUACAUUUUUGGUUUAGUUUGAUUGCAGAUUAUAUUGAGAAAAGAUCUAAGCAACUGUCACAGUGCAUUUCCAUGUUUUAGUAUAUUUUUUUGAUUAAAGUGUCUACCUACGCGUACUUGUUCGAUUAGCAUUUUCAUGGAAGCAUUUUCAGACGGUGUUGUUUUUCUGAACAAAUUAUUUUUCUUAUAUUCAACAUAACAUGUCAAUAUUUUUUUAUUUCUGGUAAGUAGACAUGUUAUACUAAAACGCUAUAUAUGGUUUCCAUACCUUUGAAAUGCUCUAAAGUACAGAAAAUGGUGUCUGAAAAUUUAAUUCCCUAUAUGAAAUAAAGAAGGAAUCGAAUUGGUAGAGUGUAACCUAUAUCGUAAUGUUAUGCUUAUCUGAGUUAAGUUUGCUCUACUCAUUGUUUUCACAAGGUGCUGUAAUUUUUGAAUAUUUUUACAUGUACAUGAAUCGUACUUCACCUACAAUUUGUGAAAAUUGGAUGAAAUUGUAUAACAUUACAUCGUAUCUAUAACAAAUAUUCUGUACAACAAUUCUAUUACAAAAUGGUGACAUGAAUAAAAAGCUUUUAUCUUUUACAUGUAAAUGGCGCUUUUUUUCUUCCUCCAGUUGCAACUUUUGUUAUAAGAACUAUGUUUAAACAGUCGAGCAUAUUGCUAUUUUUAUGAAUGUAUAUUUUUUCAAACAUGGUGUCUUUUUAACAGAUUGUGUUUGAUAAAGGCAUAUUAUUUGCUCUGAUACCAAAGUACCAAAAUUUUAUAACAAAUAUCUCUGCAUAAUUAUUAUUAUCAUUUUUUGCUUCCCACUAAGGAAGUAUAAUAUCUGACAUCCAAUGCACAUCACACACAAACUACUGUAUAAAUGAAAAAGUUCGCGACGCAAACAUGUUUAUGGAAUUGGAGAAAUUACCAGCCAGCUUAAAAUUUGACGUAAUUACGGUCAAGUAAAGAAAAAACAAACUUAGUCUUAGCAAUUUAGUUUUCUGCGAUUCACAAAUUUACUUCUUGAAUCGGCAGUUCGCGAACUUUUUAACUCGCGAAUAUAUCAAUUUAUACAAUACGCUGUGUGUUUUGAAGUGUUUAAACUUUUAAAUUUGUUAAGGAUGUCACGCUCGUUGGCGCUGAUAACCCUCAAAACUAGGCUCUGUGUAUUGACUUUACAUCUUAAUGCCUUGAUAAGAAUAAGAUCGGCGUAUGAUUUUACUAAAAUAUUUCACAUAGGAAUAAUUUAACGUUAAGACAAAACUGUCCACAGUCAGUGUUGGAUGGAUACUCGAAACUUCUAUAAUUAUAUAUACAUAAAGAGACUUUCGUCCUACACCUCAUUCCUAUAGCUGUACGCGUUACUAUAAAUAGCUGUCAUCAAUGGUUUCUAAAGUUGGACUCGCAGUGUUUGGGCUGGGACGCAUGGGUUUACACCAUGUAAAGAAUAUCAUCAUGUCACCCCGGGCCUCUCUAAGGUGGAUCGUUUGUGAAAACAUCCAAGACGCUAACGCUGUUAAAGAAGAAUACAACCUAAACACACAGUGUGUAACGCCAGAUAAAGUCGAACAAGCCCUAGAGGACUCCAGUGUGGAUGGAGUAAUGAUUGUAUCGCCCACAGGAACACACGAAGAUCUCAUUCAAAAAUCUCUUGAUAAAGCUAAAUCCGUUUUCUGUGAGAAACCGCUCACGCCGUCAGUACCCUCUACACGUGCAUGUUAUGAUCUUGCAGAAAGUAAGGGAAAACCACUGUUAUGUGCUUUUCAGAGGCGAUUUGAUCCGUCCUUCUACUCUCUUUAUAAACAAGUAAGAUCUGGUUCUACAGGACCGGUGCGCAUCGUAAAAGCAACUAGUCGUGAUUUUCCAUACCCACCCGUAGAUUACCUUAGGACAUCAGGUGGUAUAUUCAAGGAUUCAACAAUUCACGAUCUUGACAUGGUGUCAUGGAUAGCCGGAAGUAAGCCAGUUAGCGUCUUUGCUUACGGGCAUGCGCACAACCCUGAAUUGAGAGAGUUCAAAGACAAUGAUCAAGUUGUUGUUGUGAUAUCAUACGAAAAUGGUUCUGUUGCUGUUGUUGAUAAUGGACGAUGGUGUCCGUAUGGAUACGACCAAAGGCUUGAGGUGCUCUGUGAUAAAAUGCAACUAUCAAUAGACAAUAAAGGCGUUAAUCAUCUAAUUACUUCCGGUGACCAGGGAACGUUACUCCCGAGACCUGAAGACAAUUUCAUGAACCGGUACCCGGAUGCUUACAGAAACGAACUUGAACAUUUCUUAAAUGUUGUACAAGGUAAAGAGGAAAUCCGAGUUUCGAAAGAGGAAACUAUCCAAGCAAUGCGACUUGCAGAACUGUGUUUCGAAUCCAUUGAAAAACAAAAGACUGUGCCAUACACGGAGUAGAAAAAAAUAAUUAUUUCUAUUAAAACAGUUUCAUCUGUUG